AUGGGUAAAAAGAAUUUCAAAGAUCUUUAUCGACGUAUCAAAAGGGAACAGGGAAAUGUGACUUGUGAAAUAUCCGUUUUUUCUGAUAAAUUCAAUCCAUUUUUUCAAUAUGUUGGUGUUAUUGUAUAUGCAAUCGAUGGAAAAUUCGAAUGGGAGAAUCGUGAGGGUGGAAGAGCUCAUGGACAUAGAGGAAGAAGUUUUUACGUCAUUAUACAAUGUACAGACAAAUGGCCAAAAGACUACUAUAAACCAGUAGGACAAGGAACUGUGCAUGACUACCUCUUGAAAAACAUCAUGGGUAUUGAAUCUGAUCAGAAGCGCAUUGCAUGUGGUGGGUUUGCUUAUCUCUUUGAUGAACUAAGAUUUAGUAGUAUUGCGCUCAAUGGUACGGGUCAAACUGAUGCUGAGACUGAUGGAGACAGAUAUUUGAGCGAUCCUGAAAAGCUCUUAGUCAACUAUUGCUGGGACCAAUACAAAAAGUAUGGUGGACAUCAUAUAUUCUCCAUUCCGUUUUUUAUAGAUGAACUAUUAUCGAAUUAGUUCGUCAUGCUACAGAUUUGUACCUUUCUUGCAUUCCUGAAUAAUACUUUUAUCGUUCCUACUCUUCCAAAUACAUGUUUAUGGACAGACACAUGAUAUGUUGUCUUUGUAAGAACUGUAAUAUAGCUGAGAAAAGUUGGUGAAUACUUUAUUCCUCUUUCAUCUUCACUGUCUAUCUUCAUUCCAGAUUUGUAUGACUUUUUGUGGUGAGAUACGAUUCUUUGUGUAUGACAAAGAAGCCUCUUUUAUAUCGGUCUAGACCGCAAAAUUUACCAACAAGUCAGCUUGAGUUGUGGGUGUGGACCUAGCAUUGCUGCAUCCAGAUCGAGGCAUACACUAUAGCUAGAUAUAGAUUGAGACCCAAACUCAAGGAGAAGAAAGCAGGACUUCGUACUUCACUGUACUGGAGAAGUACAAAGUUCCGUUGCUGGGUGUGGCUGUGGCUGUGUAAGUGAUGGUGAGAGUGUGAGUACAGCUAGCCAAGAUCCGGAUUUUGUUCCUGCUAAAGAACUCAUCAGUUGGCUUUAACUCUGCAGUAAUCGUCCAAAUCCAAAGAUCAUAGAUAAAUUACUAUAAUCUAUACAGAACCGUAGUAGAAAGCAGUCACUUUCAAACUAUGUUCGAUAGAUAUUACUCUAACAAAGGUGAGUACAGCAAGCCAAGAUCGCGAUUUCGACCUUGCGGGUGUGGGUCUGGGGUGUGGGUGAGUAUGGGUGUGGGUCUGGGGUGUGGG